AUGAAUCUGGGUAACAUCAGAGCUAGUAUGGCUGGAGAAGAUGGACAGAAAAGGAAAGUCGCUUGGGACAGAGUUUAUGAGGGCAUCAAUGAAAUAUUGAUUGCAUCACCUCUUAAUCAUGCUUGUCCUCAUUCAACUUCAAGGGUCAGGAUUGUUUUGGUAUCAUAUUUUGGAAACGUGUCUGAUUACCAUAGGACGAAAACCAGUGAUACAAUUCAAGAUACAAUGUUCAAGUGUCAAGGAACAAAUUGGAAAGAUAUUCAUAGUAGACCUGCUAAUUUUGGUGAAAAAAUGACCAUUGAUAAAAGUCCAUUCCCUUAA